AUGGGGAUAAUGAAUGGGUGCGAGUUGCGCUUGACCAUCGUUCUCCGCGGCCACCUCGCAUCCUCCCCUGCAUGCGUCUCGUCCCGUCUUGCUCUCCUCUCUUUCCCUACCCUCGCAUCCUUUGCUCGAAUUCCCGCCCUGAUUCUGCCCAUAUGGCCGCACGCCCCUUCCGACUUCAUUCUGAAACGUGUUUACUGCCAAACGCUCGUUGCGGGUCCAACCUCUCCCUUCCAGGACCUGGACCUGGUGAUCUACCACUACGAUGUCGACUUCUCCCCCGCGCUCGUCUCCAAAGGCGACCUGGUCAUCUACCAUUACGACGUGGACUUCUCCCCCGCGCUCGCCUCCAAGGGCGUCAUGCGGGCGGCCGUCCGCCAGCUGGCGGAGACCUACAGCGCGCAGCUCGUCCCGCCUGGCGGCGCCCCCAGCGCCCCCGCACUCGACGUGGCACUGAGGGAGCGUCUGCUCACCAGCCCCACUCCCGUGGGUCGCUCGCUCUACUCCGCUUCCCUCGGCUCCUCCGCGCUCAGCUCACCUGCGUUGCUGGCCCACCCUGCCCUGUCUCCCCUGUCUCCCUUGUCCCUCUCCCUCCAGGCACUGGACGUGGCAUUGAGGGAGCGUCUGCUCACCAGCCUCACCCCGGUGGGCCGCUCGCUCUACUCCGCCUCGCUGGGCUCCUCCGCGCUGGGCGGCGGGGUGGCGGCCUACCGCGGCUUCUUCCAGUCAGUGCGCUUCUCACAGCAGGGCCUGGCUGCGUUGCUGGCCCUUGCUUUGGCGGGCCUUCCUCUUGAGCCCACCUUGCCCCUUUCUCCACAUCCCCUCUUCCCCUUCCCCCCUCCCUUCCCUCCACAGCGCUGGGCGGCGGAGGAGAGUAACAGCCUACCGCGGCUCUUCCAGUCAGUGCGCUUCUCCCAGCAGGGCUGGCUCUCAACGUGGACAUGGCUGCCACCGCUUUCCACCUCGACAUGCCGCUCCUCACCUUUGCCGCCGACUUUCUCGGCCGCGGGGGGGGGCGGGGGAGGCGGCGGGAGGGGCGGAGGGAGGGGUGGGUUCGGGGGGAGGGGUGGCCGGGGGCCGGGAGGGGGAGGGGGAGGGGGCGGCGGGUUUGCACCGAAUGCGUCGCUGAGUGAUGGGGAGAGAGUGAAGCUGAAGCGCGCCCUGCAUGGUAUAAAGUGGGGGUGGACCCACCGCGACACGCCCCGCCGUGGGGGUGACUCACCGCGACACGCCCCGCCGUCCGUGCCUCUCCUACCUCCGCCCCCUUCCUCACCGCAGGUGGAAAGUAUCUUCUCUCCAGUCCCGCUCCCUCUCUCCCUCUGCACUUGCCUUUCCAUCAUCCUCCCCCCUUCCCCCUCCCCAACGGUCUUAUGUACUUUUGCUACCCGUGUAUCUCAUUCCUGUCACUCCGUCCCUCCGCUGCUCCGCCCCUCCCCCAUGCAGCUACCGCAUCCAGGGCCUGACACGCGAGCCGGCACACGCGCUAACCUUCACCAUCGAAGGAGAGGGCGAGACGUCCUGGUGGCCUACUUCCGCUCCGCCUACGGCUACACCAUCCGCCACCCCAACCUGCCCUGCCCGGCCUCGGACACUCUCAGCGCCCCAUGUAUCUCAUUACCGCCCCGUGACUCCCCUUUUCCACCCGUUACUACUCCACCCCUGCCUCCCUCCCGCCCCUCUCCCCUGUGCAGCUACCGCAUUCAAGGCCUCACACGUGAGCCAGCACAUGCCCUCACCUUCACCAUAGAAGGAGAGGGCGAGACCUCCCUGGUGGCCUACUUCCGCUCCGCCUACGGCUACACCAUCCGCCACCCCAACCUGCCGUGCGUGAUGGCGGGCGGCGGCGGCAAGAGCUUCCUGCCAAUGGAGGUGGUGCCACAUCAUCGGCGGGCAGCGGUUACGGCCCGAAGCUGA